AUGCCGGAGCCUCCUCGGUAUUCAGAGCUUGUCUCACGCAUCAUUAUCGUCUCUACUCUACUCCACUAUGCCGUUGCCGACCCUACCCCCACCGAGGUCAGCAAGUCUCCUGAAGAUCUCGCCCUCAUCAGUUCUGGCGAUGGAUACAACCAGGCUGUGAUCAAGGUGGAGGCCGUGACUGGUACCAGGCUUUCAAACGUCAUCACUGGGUUCCUCGUGUCACCGAACACCGACUGGAGCGAGGACUCCGAAACCUCGCGAGUGUUCAAGCCCAACAGAGCCGACGGCGAACUGCUUUUGCACACCUCACCUACGUUCAUCAAGAGAGGCUCUUUGGACUGCGCAGCCCGCAUCCAGGGCGUUCUUGACAUCGUCCAAUACUUCGCGGACCCACCGGCAGUUCGCCACGCCGCGUAUGAUAAACGUUGUCUUUUCGCGUUCGUCGUGAGAUGCUCCUACUUUGACCUCUAUCUCCGGAUUGCCCAAGGCGACAAGACAUGGAUCAUCAACAAGAAGGACGAGGGCGAAGGGAGUCGGAUGGAGGAGUCUUCGCAGGGCACGCUGAGCAAGCUGGUCAAUCUGUUCAAGUUGUUCACACCGGGCGGGGAUAAUGAGUCGAAGAAGGGCAAGGAGGGCGAACGGAGCCAGUCAGAAGAGCCGGUAGACCCCAAUGCGAACCAUCCCACGACCCGUAUCCACCAUAUCCUCUGUUCCAUCCCACCAAGACACGUGCCAGCCGGCAGGAGCGUCGCGUUCAACGACCAUUACAUGAAGACCGCCCUGGAGAGAGCUGGUCUCGUGUCUGGCCGGGACGGUCAAUACCCGGUUACGAACAAGAACGCGAGCCUAUGGGCGGCAGUGCCGAUGCACUGCUUAUGUACUGCAAUGGUCGUCUUGCAACAAGUCCUCGGAUCCAAACCCGUCGUUCAGGCCAUCUUCAGUCCGGCAGUUGUGGGACGGCUCGAUGCCAUGCGCAGGACCGCCUCCAUGAAACAGCGACACUGCGAUCUCGAAGGUGAGAUUCUGUGGCUGGGUCAACGCACGUCCUCUAACUCGCAUCCAGAACUCAUGAGGAAAGCGGCCGGGUAUCCAACAAAUGUCAGGAGAACUGAUCCUGAGCGAAGUGUAGUUGACGCCACAGUUGGAAUGGGUGAAGUCGAGAAUGUGGCGACGACAUCUGUCGACCUCAACGAGUCGCCGAUGGACCACUUCAUCCGUUAUCUGAGGAGCCUCGUUGCUCCCCUCGACAUCAUGGCGAUAAUAUCUCGCCUUGCAAAUCAGAGCACGCUGAGACCGCCUGUCACUGUGCAUGCCGUCUACGUAAAGGACUCCCCCUCAAAAUUUGAGUUCCCUCAUGACACCCGUCUUCUCGACGAACUUAAGGAGUCGUGGAAUAAGACGUUCGCUGUUCACUCCUCUUACACCGCCCCUGCGGAGCCUCCAGACUUCCCGUACACCCUGAAGGAUUUGUGGGAGGCCGGGUCUGCCAGAGCACAAGAGCACGCGGAGGCCAUACUUAUGGGCUACACCCUGUCGGUGCAUAGGGGGACUUUGGAUCUGUCGCAGGAGGGUCACGAUCUGAUAGAUUCGGCGUUAUUAGUGAUAGCCGAGAAGAGUUUGUCUACCCGGUCGACAUCGCGUGUGGAGUUCGUUCUCCCUGGCACCCACGGCAGGGUUGUUCCGUGGUACCCUCCCUCGGGUCUACCAGAGGAUGUGUUGGAAGAGAUGGCGACGCGCCUAAUGAUGAUACUGGACCAGGUCCUGGAAAAUAUCGGUCGACGCAUUGGACUUCGGACAAUCAAUUAUUUCGACCUGAGCACAGAGGAUUCUUCGCAUUCUGUGCACGUCGUCGAAUCUCUUCACUACGCGCUGGGACGUGAGACAAGACCGUUUCGAUCCAUCCCACGCACAUCCCUUCGACAAAGCCUCCCCAUCGUCCUCCCUACCGAGCGCCGCACAUGCCUCCUGCCUGCUGGACCCUCCGGCCUCAUCCUCCACCUUACCCACAAAGACGGCAUGUCUUCCACCCUCUUGGAGCGCGGAGCAAGCCCGUCCGCCCGCGCCUACCGCGGUGGCACCCUCUAUCUCUGCCGGAAACACGGCGAACACGCGCUCUGCGAGAAUGGCCCGCCUGCGGUAAGGGCUCCCGCGUCGUUCUCGAAAUCCUUGACAACCGUGACAUCCGCCCCGAAGACCUCGGCGCUCAGCCCCGAGAUCAACCGCCGCGCGCUGUGGCAGAUCAUCCUCCGACUGGAACAUGAUCAUAAGGGCAGGUCUCGUUCAGAAGGCUCGGGCUUCGGCUUCAGGACGACGCGGGGGUAUGGCGCAGGUCCCUGA